AUGACCCUCCAUUUGUCAUUUCCUCUUCUGCUCGCCUGCGCGUUCCCAAUCAUUUUGGCCGCGCCAUCAUCAUCGGCCUAUCUACAAACCGAUACUCCAACCCAAUUUCCAACAAGAAAUACCAAUGCCGAACCUUUACUUUUGGUUCCCGAGGCCGAAGGAGAUACCGGCGACAAUUCAGAGACAGGCCGACUACUUUCUCGCAAUGACGUAUCACAAGAACCUGUGAUAUAUGGAAAAGACGACAGCGAACGACAAAUAGCAAUGUGUGAAGCCGGAUUUGUGCGUUCUUGUUAUGCUGCAGUGGAAGCAGGAAAUUCAGAUACCAGUCCUCCGUUCACGACUGAUACUCUCGACACAGACUCGCCCUUUACUUUUCCUUCCACUGGCUUCCUUGUUGCUACUUUCGCUGCCUUUUGUAUUCUGGCUAUGAUUCGCAAAUCUCUGGGUCGGAGAACUGCUCCUCAGCAAGAGGGGAAGAAGUAG